AUGCUAACACGGGUGGAAUAUGAAGACUCAUUUUUGCUGCAUUUUCAGAUAUCUGCUUAUGAGGAUUCAGUUGCUGCUCAUCUCACAAAAAUCCUCAAUUCUGAUCAACACUCAGUUGUCAUAUCAUCUGCCAAGAUAUUAUGUGAAACUGUAAAGGACUUCGUAUCCAAAAUUGGGAAGACCUAUGAAAAAACAAUGGAAAAUGCAGAGGAAGCUGAUACCAUGGCCAUUAAAUGUUCAGAAUUAAAUGAGAAGCUAGACCUAUUGCUCCAGGCUCUUCACACCGAAGCCCAGGCUACUCCCAUCCUACCACGGAUCACUCCCCCCAUUGUAGAGGAAGAAGUUGAGGAGUUUUCAAGUGAAGAAUCCUUGUCUGAAAGCAAGGAACAGUUAACAGAGAGCAUUGCAAAGUCUUCCACUCAGAAAAUCUUCAAACCAAGAGAACAGUUAAUGCUGCGGGCAAACAGUUUAAAGAAAGCAGUGAGGCAAAUCAUUGAACAAGCAGAAAAAGUUGUGGAUGAACAGAAUGCUCAUACUGAAGAACAAGUGAACCAAUCCCCUAUAGAAUAUAGUAAGGAAUUGGAUGAAUCCAAAGAAGAAGAAAAAGAGGAAGAUACAAAGGAAUACGAAUCUCAGACAAUUAAAGCUGCACCAAAAUCUCCAGAUCGACAAACAAGUCGGGGCAUCCCCUCUCAUACUGGCUCUUUCUCUGCCCCAGCUGUGGCAGCUGGUAAAGAAAACCUCCCUGUACUUAACACCAGGAUAAUCUGCCCAGGUUUAAGAGCUGGAUUAGCUGCCUCUAUUGCGGGGAGUUCAAUUAUCAGCAAAAUGUUACUUUCAAACAUUGAUCCAUUUGGUGCUACUCCAUUUAUUGACCCUGAUCCAGAUUCACUGGAAGGAUAUUCAGAAAAAUGUGUCAUGAACAACUACUUUGGAAUUGGAUUAGAUGCAAAAAUUUCAUUAGAAUUUAAUAAUAAACGAGAGGAACACCCUGAAAAGUGCCGAAGCCGGACGAAGAACAUGAUGUGGUAUGGGGUGCUUGGUACCAAAGAGUUACUGCAAAGAACCUAUAAGAACUUAGAACAAAAAGUUCAGCUUGAGUGUGAUGGACAAUACAUCCCCCUCCCCAGUCUUCAAGGCAUAGCUGUGCUAAACAUUCCAAGCUAUGCUGGUGGGACUAAUUUCUGGGGUGGAACCAAAGAGGAUGAUAUAUUUGGGGCACCAUCAUUUGAUGACAAAAUCUUAGAAGUUGUCGCGGUAUUUGGCAGCAUGCAGAUGGCAGUUUCAAGAGUCAUCAAAUUGCAGCACCACAGAAUAGCUCAGUGUCGGUCAGUAAAGAUCACCAUACUUGGAGAUGAAGGGGUACCAGUGCAAGUAGAUGGAGAGGCAUGGAUCCAGCCCCCAGGAGUUAUUAAAAUUGUACAUAAAAACAGAGCUCAGAUGCUAACACGAGACAGAGCUUUUGAAAAUACCCUAAAGUCUUGGGAAGACAAACAGAAGUAUGAUUCCUGCAAACCUGUCCUUCGAUCUCACUUGUACCCUCAACAGGCUGUUGAGUUGGCUAUGGAAGAAGAAGUUGCACAGAUCCAGCUGUGUUCACAAGCUGCAGAAGAACUUAUUACCAGGUACAGUAGAACAAAUGGGUUAGUAGCAUACUCCCCAAGGUAAAAUUAUUUAUAAAGC